GUAUAAUUUCAGAUCUCUCAUUUUCAUAUCUCAAUCUGAAGAAUCAAUAAUCGAAAUGACACACCAGUAUUCCCUAGGACUGGGGGCCACCCCCGGCUCCAACCUCCGAACCUCGGAGAAUCCGAGCUCUCCGCAAUGAAAAAGCGCGGAGAGCCAUUCCGCCUCCCCGGCCGAUUAUAUUCUUAUCCGCUUGCCAUCGCAUCCUCCAACAUUCUGCAAUUCUUACUCACUUGACUCCUCUUCUCGCUGUAAUUCUGCAAUUUGACACACAGCAAUCACAAUGGCGUCUGCGAUUAAGGCUCAGUGCAGAAAAGUCAUCUGCAUUGGCAGAAACUAUGCCGAUCACAUUACCGAGCUCAAUAACACCAAGCCCAAGCAGCCCUUCUUCUUCCUCAAGCCCUCUUCCUCCAUUCUCCUCCCCGGCCAGGGUCCCGUCCUGCGCCCGCAGGGUACCAAGCUGCACUAUGAAGUCGAACUCGCCCUCGUGAUGGGCAAGACGGUGCGGGACCUUGACCCAGAGGACAGCAAGGGCGCAUUGGAUGCGAUCCACAGCUACCUUCUCGGCAUCGACAUGACCGCCCGCAACGUCCAAGAAGAGGCCAAGAAGAAGGGACUCCCCUGGACGAUCGCCAAGGGCUUCGACACUUUCCUGCCCAUUUCCCAGGAGAUCACCAAGGCCCGUCUGCCCGAUCCGCACAACGCCUUCCUGCGCCUGAGCGUGGGCGCCGAGGAGCGCCAGGCCGACUCGACCGGCCUGAUGCUCUACCGCAUCCCGCGCCUCCUGGCCGAGAUCUCGCGCGUCAUGACCCUCGAGAAGGGCGACCUGGUCUUGACCGGAACGCCCAAGGGCGUGGGCGAGGUCAAGUCCGGGGAUGUAAUGACGGCGUCCAUCGAGGUGGACGGCAAGGAGCUCGAGGAGGGGCGGAUCCAGGUUGAGGUGCAGGACCGCGAGGGCCGCUACCGGUACGCCGAGACCUAGACCGAAUGAGACUGGUAUAGUGGGUUUUGGAGAACAUUCAGUAUAUAUACACUUACACAUACAAAUACACACCCCCUCGAAUGAGAUCUUAUCUUAAAUGAUCACAUCAUCCCUAAGCUCAAUGACCCACCAUCAUCGCCCUCGCAAUAAGAACAUCCUCCUCAUCAGCCGGAACAAUCGGUAUGAACCGCCUCGCCCUCUUCCUCUUGCGCACCAUUCCCCGAUUCUCCAACACCUCAACCCAGUCCCUGACACUUUGACUAUUGAUCUUGCAUCCUGAACCACCACCAAAAGCCCCAUCUGCAUCAUUCUGCACAGCAGCAGCAGCAGCAGCAGC